GGGACUGAGCUUCUGGGUUUCUUCACGAGGAGAGAGGGCUGCCCGUCACCUUUGCCCUGGGAGUAGAGCGCAGCCCCGUGUCCUUGGCACCGUCCUGGCCUGGCCUGGGGUCACAGGUGACCUCGGCCCUGCUGGGUAUUCAGAUUUGCCUUACGCUCACUAAAUAAGACCGUGAAUGCUCUCCUGGGAGCAGAGCGGGCCGACUCGAAAAGCAGAAAAGACGGGGUGGUGAGCCUGCAGCCCGCCUGGGGCAGCCCAAGGUCACGGCGCGCCACAGGCUUGUGAAUAAUGCAGGCGGCGAUCGAGCCUCCUAAGACAGGAAAGGGCGAUGGUGAUAUCCUAAAAGUUUUAUAUCCAAUCUAGAAGUCAUGCUUUGUCGAUUGACUUUAUGAUUAGAUACUCACGAGCAGCAAAGGGACUAGCCUUCGGCUAGGCUGGUCAGUCAACCGCUAUAAAUAGGAGAGCCGUGCGCCUUCCCAAAGCUACACCUCUGGGUUUGAACUUUGAUUACCCCACCCCCACCCCCACCAUGCUUUCCCCAAUAUUGUUACUAUCAGACCUCUAACAAGCAGCAAGCUAGUGCAGGAUAUUAAUUCAGUACGGAAUUUGUCCCAAAUGGUGUUCUACACUUAGGAUGCCAUUUGUCUUCCGUGUGAUCAUGAACAGAUCGCAUUCUCUAUUUAAUCUGAAAAAGUGAAAGGCAGUGAAGGAGAAACAACAAGUAGUUUUGGUAAGAGAGAAUGUGGUCACUGUUAGAACGAUUGAGUAGGACUUAGGAGAAGAAAUGACCGUCUUGGCAGUUAGAUUGGGAGCAGGUUGACUGUGGAAUGUUAGUACAGAGACUCAGCCAUGGUUCUGCAGAGGAUCUUCAGGCUCUCCUCUGUCCUUCGGUCAGCAGUCUCUGUGCAUUUGAAGAGGAACAUUGGUGUUACAGCUGUGGCCUUUAAUAAGGAACUUGAUCCUGUACAGAAACUCUUCGUGGACAAGAUAAGAGAGUACAAAUCAAAGCGACAGGCAUCUGGAGGACCUGUUGAUAUUGGCCCAGAGUAUCAGCAAGAUCUGGACAGAGAGCUUUAUAAGCUUAAACAAAUGUAUGGUAAAGGAGAGAUGGAUACAUUUCCUACCUUCAAAUUUGAUGAUCCCAAAUUUGAAGUCAUCGACAAACCCCAGUCCUGAGGAACAUACAAAAUCCAUGUGGUAAUUUGUCAUGAAUUAGUUGUACAACUAAUCAAAAAAUUCAAAUAAACAUUCAUUUCACAGUUA